AUGAGUGAAACAAAAGAAAGAUCUCAAUUACUCCUUUUAAAGAAUUCAUUUAAUAAGGAUUUUAAAUUUACAAAUAAAGAGAUUGCUCAAAAUGUACAUUGGUUGAGACAAAUUGUUAGUAUUUUGGUUGGAAUUAUAGUUGGUUCAAUCCCGGUUAUAGGAUUUCCAGGUUUUAUUGCCUUUUUAAUAUUCACUUGCGGUUUUGUUGCUAUAUAUUAUACUAAAGUAUUAGAAAUUGAAGAAGAUGAUUUCAAAUGGGAAUUAAUGAGAGAAGGUUUUAUGUCUUCUUUAACUAUUUUUGUUAUAUCAUGGAUUAUUGCUUAUAAUUCCUUAUAUGUAUAA